AUGACGGUGGAUUCCAAUAGAAUUUUAUUUAGUGAAAUGUUAACAACAACUGUGAAUCGUUCGCUUACCUGUAAAUCAUUGAAAUUGCCAUCUACCACAGAGAAUAUGCAGAAUAAUUUAAAAUCGCUUCAACUAUAUACUGUAUUUAAUAGUUAUAAUUCUAUCAAGGAAUUAUGGUUAGCUCAUGAACUAAUCACUUCAGAGCAUGGAAAUAUGAGAGAUGAAGAAACUGGGAAUACAUUGCUACAUUAUUUAAUUUUAUCGAUACCUAGGUUUGCUAAACAAUUUGAUGAUUGUAAUAUGAUAAAUGGAAAUCAAUUAUAUCCAGAAUGGGCUUCACCUAUUGUUGGAUUAGUAUAUCGUCUUGUUGUAUGCGGUCGUUGCUCAGUUAAUGCGCAAAAUAAUAUGGGAAAUACAGUGUUACAUUUAAUAUGUCUUUUACCGUAUACGGAAUUCUUGGCAAUACAUUUAAUUCGUUUAGGUGCUGAUCCAGAGAUUAAAAACAAUUCUGGACUACAUGUCUUUUAUCAUUAUGGAGAACAAAGAGCAUGGUUGGUAAAAAAUUUACCUGGUCUUAACUGUGGUAUAUGGAAUGCAAUAAAACGAGAAGAUAUGAUUAAAAUGGAUUAUUAUUUAUCAUGUUGGUGUCGAACAAUAGCAAAUCAACCAAACGGGAAAAGCUUAUUCGAGUGUUCAAUGUCCACUGGAAAUUAUGAAUUAGUUAAACAUGUAGACCAAGCACGUAAUACCAAUGAAUUAAUUGCAGCUGCAAUGGCAUUAGAUUUAAAUUAUAUGGAAGAUCUUUUAUCAAUUAAAAUUGAAAAGGAAAAAUGUCAAGUCAAUAAAUGUGACAGAAGUUUCGACCCCCCACGUCCAUUGACUGCUGAAUUGGCGAUCAUUUAUGGGAAUAAAGCAAAUAAAGCAAUCGAAUUACUUAAAAAAUAUGGGGCAGUGGAUGAAUCAAACUAUUAUGCAAUGAGAACUGUUCCAUUAAUUAAAAGUUCAAUCAAUAAUUAUAAAUUAAUGAGUGUAACGAGUGUUUUAUUUACAUUAGAGUCAGUAGAACAAAGGAAAAUGGCUUUCGUAAAUUCGCCAUUUUAUUUACAAGUUAAGACCGCGAAAACAAUUGCUGAUUUAAACAAAGCAUGGAAAUUAAUUGAGUAUUCAUCAUUCCAGUCAAAUCUAAGAAGGCAUACAGAUCAAGCAACUUAUUUACACUACUUAGUUGAACGUUAUAAAAGUUUAAAACAUGAACCUCAUUUACAAUGUGGUUUAAUUCGUCUUAUGGCAAAACUAGUCAUAGCUGAUGUCGAUCUACAAGCACGUGAUAAAUUUGGUAAUACAGCUUUACUUUGUGCUGCAAAAUCGAAUAUUUUUGCAGAUAGAAAUACUAACUCAAUAAAAGCUAACGAAUCAAUGCUUAAUCAGAUUGACAAAGAAGCUGAAAGAGAAGAUGAAGUUGAAGAUGGGGUGGUGUUGGACACAGUUGGGAAAAUUGUUGAGGAAACUAUUGAAACUGUCAAUAUAAAUGAAUCAUUAUAUAAUCCAACUAUCAACGAUGAUGUAAAACAUUUGGUCAUGGAUGAAGACCGUAAUGAAAUGAGCCCAAGUAAAAAGACAUCAUUGUCUAUAUCUGUUUCAGAUCAUUCAAAUAUGUCAGUAAAAAACGAAUCAAUUCAUCCAUGUAUGAUGAAUGUACCGGAUUUUAGUGAUCAACGUUUGAUUUCUAUUUUAAUUCAGUUAGGUUCAGAUUGCUCCAUUCCAUGUAAAAAUGGUUAUUCUGUAUAUAAUGAAAAUUAUAUUCCCAAAGGUGCAUAUACAAUUAAACGAAAUAUUCGAUCAAGUUUAUUAAAAACUAGUAUAAAACGUUCUAAAGGACUGAUAGAUCAUCCGGGAAUUUGGCCAAUUGUUGAUAGAUUAAUCUAUAGUGUACAAUAUCAUAAGCCCAAUGAUAUUAUUAACUAUUUCUGUACAGAAUUAGAGAAAACAAUUAAAGAUAAUUUAAUUUGGUUAAAAGCUAAACGAUCAGGGCUAACUGUUAUAGAAUGGAUUAACUCAUUAUGGACUCAUGAUCGAUGCAAUCAAUGGAUAGAAGGAAUACGUGAAAAAUUAACAAAUCUAUUACAGUAUUAUAUUAGUUUAACUGAUUUUGUGAUUUAUUCUAUGGCUGGUGAUAUUCAGAAAUUGAAACAAUGUUUAGGUAGACUUGAUCUCAUUUUUAUCUUAUUUAUUUUUCGACGUAAAGCUAUGGGUAAAGGUCAUUUGAAAGCUCAACUUCAUAUGCAAAAGUUUCUAGUUGGUAUUAAUAAUAAUGGAAGAGCAAAUUUUAUAACACGUCCAUUACUUGUUAGUGUAAUGGAAUAUUCUACAGCAGAAGUAUUACAACUGAUGAUUCAUUCUGGAGCAAAUUUAAACGAAUACUAUUCAGAAAAAGAACCGUUUGGUCCGGUUGCAUUUUGGAGUUUUAAGAACCUUGUCAGCCUUCAACAUACUUAUGAAGUAAUCAAAGAAGUACCAGUUCAUUUAAGAGAUUCAAAUGGAUCAUCUUUAUUUCAUUAUGCAACAAAUCUUUUUCAUACAAUACAUCCGAAAGAUGUAAAUGGAUUUCGAUGGGCAAGUUUAAUUUUAUCUACAAUAUUGAAACGAGGUGUGAAAAUUUAUCAUAGAGAUAUUUGGCAACGUACUGCACGAGAUAUUUUGAAUAGAUCAAGAUAUGAAUUACUGGAUAACAACAAUGUUCAUUGUGAAACGGGAGAGAAUUUCAGACCAUUCGAAGAAGAGCCACCAGAUCCUUUCGAACUUCAUGAUAUUAUCGAUCCAGAAACUGGAAAUUUAUUAACUGCUGAACAGUUAAUUGAUCGCCAUGUAGCUUUUCUAGCUUCUGGCAAUCACUUACAAUCCAUGGAAGAAUUAAUUCUCUAUGGAUAUAAUUAUAUACAUUUAGCUAAUUCUGGACCUGUACGCUUUAAAUCUGCUAGAUUAUUAGCUGAACAAAAAGGACAUCAUGAAAUGAUAUCUUUAUUAGAUACUGUUGAUCAAUAUAGAACAGAAAUGAUGGAAGUUCACAAGACGAUUAUAACUGGAGAUUAUCAUCAAUUCCUACGUCUGGUUAAUAACAAAAGAGUUAUUAUGGGUCGUGACUGGAGAGAACGUUCUCUACUACACCUUGCAGUACUUUAUCGUAGAAUAGAUUUUGUUCUUCAGUUAAUUGAACUGUGUCAAGAACUUGUCAAUUAUCAAGAUUGUCUAGGACGUACCGCAUUCCAUUAUGCAAUCUGUUUGCCUGACAACCGAAGAUUGUUCUUAAAAAUGGUUUCAAAAUCUGGAGGUAUUGAUAAACAAAUCAAGGAUUUGCGAAAUAUUUCAAUUCAUCAAUAUGGUGAAUUGUAUGACCGAAACAUUCCUGAAUAUCAAAAUCUGAUUAAUAUAGAAAAAUCAAUCAAAUUACUUGAAUCAAAUUGGCCUGAUCAAACAAUUUAUUCAUUGUUGCCUAAAAUAUCAAAUGAUAAUGAUGAUGGUGAUCAACUCUUCAUAAAAGAUAAACAUGAAUCUGAUAAUAAACAAUCAAUUGUCGAAGUAAUUCAUAAUACAAAUAAAAAUACUGAAAAUUGUUUAAUAUUUCCAAUUCCUGGUGCAUUCAAUACAUUUGAAGUGAAAAGAAUCAAAUCAGUAUUUAAUUGGAAACAACGGAUAUAAAGAAAGAGACAAAAUGAAAAGAAGAAAUGAACAGAUUAAAUCAUGUUAUGAAUAAAUAGUAUAUUUGUAAUAACCCAAUGAGGAGAAAAAUUAGAUUUUCUGACGUUUCGUGACUUAGUGUAAGUCACUUCUUCAGAGAAUAAAAAAAAUUAUGGAUGAGAUUAUUUUUUUCGACAUUUCAUUAAGACAUAUUAUUCUGAA